AUGGUAGCAGCACAGCCGCAAUACGUACGCCGCCGUAAUACUGCAGUGAUCGAUCCACCACUGUUCAGUGUCUUACCCGUCACUGCCGUGACCACCACAAGCUGUGCUCGGAUUCACAACCCGCUGCCCUCAUCUAUGAGGAGCGAGUGUAAGAAAGCUGGAAAGAUUCUUGCUUCGUUUGUUGAUCCAAGGCAAGCCUUUGGUCCGGAUAAGAUCAUUCCGCCAGAGAUCCUGGCUGGUGCAAAGGGUCUCGCCAUCCUUUCGGUUCUCAAGGCUGGUUUUUUGGGCUCUGGUCGUUUCGGUUCCGGUGUCGUGGUUGCUCGACUAGCCGACGGGUCUUGGUCUGCACCAUCUGCGAUCGCUACAGCGGGUGCCGGAUUUGGUGGACAGAUCGGAUUUGAAUUAACGGACUUUGUGUUCAUCCUCAACGAUGCCGCUGCAGUACGUACAUUCUCACAGGCCGGAAGUAUAACAUUGGGUGGAAACGUUUCGCUAGCCGCUGGUCCUGUUGGUCGAAACGCCGAGGCAGCGGGAGCGGCCAGUACGAAAGGUGUAGCAGCCGUGUUCUCAUAUUCAAAAACCAAAGGCUUGUUCGCUGGUGUCAGUUUGGAAGGAAGUGUGUUGGUAGAACGCAAAGAUGCCAAUGCCAAACUCUACAGCAGCGGUGUUAGUGCUCGCCAGCUCCUUUCCGGAGCCGUACCUCCUCCUCCAGCUGCAGAGCCUCUGAUGCGGGUGCUCAAUUCUCGAGUGUUUUCCGGCAGCCGGGCAGCUGGAGCCGACUCCAUGUAUAAUGACAUUCCCAUUUACGAUGACUCACAUGAUGAUACACUGUGGGAAGGCCGCCGGGGAACCGCCUACGGAGAAGGGCAACGGAGGGAACGUGCUGGAUCACGGGCGACAGAUACCUACGAUGAGUACGAAUAUCGAGACCGUCCUCGCCGAGCAACGACUUGGCAGGAUGACUACUAUGAUCGACCGAGCUCUGGCAACAUCAACCGUUCUAAUACGACAAGAGCUGGAGGAUAUGGUGGUGGCGGCGGCGGUGGUGGUUACGACGAUGAAGAAUUUUUCAGUAAUCGCAAUAGACCCACCCGUCCAACUGCACCGAAACCUGUCUUUGGCCAGAAGACAGGCUCCGCAGCUGGGUUACGGGAAGAUCAAGCCGUUGCGCUUUUCACAUUUGACGCUGAUCAGGAGGGCGAUCUCGGUUUCAAGAAGGGUGAAGUUAUCACAAUUCUCAAGCGGACCGAGAAGGCUGAAGAUUGGUGGACUGGUAGAAUCGGCGACCGGACUGGUAUUUUCCCAAGCAACUAUGUGGACCCUGUUGUAAAAUGA